CUAACUUGCUUUUUAGAGUACUCAAACUUUAUAUAAAUAAUGAAGGAAGAAGACAAUGUUAUCAAAUAAGUAACCUAAUUUAUAAAGUAUAACCUCAGGAAGAAAACCCAUUUUUUAUCCCACAUUAUAUCGUACCCAUAAACUACACCCCGAUUCAGAACGAAAUAGAGAAUUAUAAAAUUGCGAUUCAUCAUUUAACCCAGGAGAAUAACUUUUUGAGAAAACAAUUGCAACACAACCAAGUCUCAGACCUUCUCUCUUUGAAUAAAGAACAACUCAAGGAUGAAGUAUUUAAAAUGAUUGACUUUCUGAUGAAAAAUCUCAAUUACCUUCCAAAAGAAUAAAUCUUUGCCUACCGAAAAACAAUUCGAUAGUGCACACAGAGGAGUGCACUCAAAAGAAUCUAUUUCCUCAUCUUUACCAGAUACUUACAAGUAAAAAUCCAUAUCUCAAUGAUAGGCUGAAAAAACGAAAGAAGAAAUGAUUAAAUUCAUUAUUCGCAAAAGUGUGAAGUUUUAAAAGCCCACUAACAACAUAUAGAAACAACAAAUUAAGAAAAUGAAUACUGCCUUCGUCUAGCAAUUAUUUCUAUCACCUCAAUAUCAGUAACAUUACUCAAACUUUUUAAGUAAGAAUUUCAUUCCCCAACUAAUCUAGGCCAAUACCUAUAAUUAGCACUUGAUGAAAAUAAACAUAAAAUACAAAAAUACGUGAAUUUCAUUGUGGAAUCAAUAUAAAAUGACCAAAUUGAUGUAAUUUUUAACUCAUUUUUUAUUAGGAUGUCCUAAAUUAUAAAAGAUUUCCCUGGUUGAAUGAGUGGAUACAAUAAUCUGUUUAGAUUGCUAAAGAUCUGCAAUUUACUAGCAAUCCCCAAAACUUGGAGAACAAAAAAAAAAUAAAAUUCUGA